AUGGCAGUUGACUUGAAACAGCACUUGGAGCUCGCCGACUACUUGGGAGUCGUCGCUGUCUGGUGCAUCUUCUUUUCGAUUCUCUUCGUUCUUUCAGUCAUUUUCAACUUUGUCUGCAUAAAGAAGGAUGACGACAUCACCGCUUUGGAACGCUGGGGAUACAAGAAAAACAUCGGAGUCAAAUUGGGACCCCACAGAAGAUCAAUGGUCGCCCGCCAACUUCCACAGACCAUCGAAAUGGACUAG